AUGUGGAUGGGCCACUUCAAGCGCUGGAACCGCCGCUUCUUCAGCCUGGACACGCCGGGCGCCCUGACCUACUCCAAGGCGCCGGAUGCCAUCGGCCGCCAGCGCAGGACGAUCACGCUCGCGGGCGCCGACGUGGUGAUGGCCAAGGGCAACGCGCGGCAGUUCUGCGUGGUCACGCGCGGUGGGGGGAUGGUCUACCUGCGCGCCAUGGCGCGCGGGGACAGGGAGCUGUGGGUGACGUCUUUGAGGAAAUCCGUGGAGGACUUCGGCGUCAUGUUGGGCAGGGUGGCCGAGGCCGCCGCCGGGCCGGGGCUGCCGGGAUCGGGCAUCCACAGGCGUUCGUUUUCGAUGGAGCUGGCGGCCGAUGUUGACCCCCAGCAGGCCAGGAUCCAACGGGAGCUGAAUUCGCGGCUGAGGGGCAGGAUGGCUCGGCUCUCGCCGGUCGAGGCGGAGGUCAGGCGGCGGCUGGCGGUGACGGGGAGGGGGUCGGGGGGGGAGGGUGGAGGUAGAGAGGAGGGGGGGAAAAGCGGGGCAGACGGGCAUGGACUUGUUUAUUGGGGCCAGAAUGGUAACUUGGGCCAGGGCGUGGGUGAGGAGAGGUCUCGGGCCGGUUUUUGGACCCUCGGCGGGAGGAAGGGCCAAGGCCAGGGGGAGGCGGGGAUCGCCGGGCGGCCUUCGGCGGAGUCUGAGGAGAGGGACUGGGAUGGGGUGGAUGUUCUGGGAGGGCUGGACGCACUGAUGGGCGAAGUGCGGCGCAUAGUGGCCGACGAGCUGCUGCGGGUGCUGGAGCUGCAGGUGGAGAACGCGGCGCUGCAAAGGCGGCUGAGGCUGGCCCGCGAGGCCGGGGGGCAGGGGGCGGAGUCGACAGUGGGGGUGGGGUCCGGGAAUGGGGAUUGUGAGGGGGGAACUGACAGCGACGGGAGCGGAGCUGGGCUGGGGGGGCUGGCCUGCUCCUCGGAGUGUUACUCCACGGCGGGGUCGUGCUGGUCGGACGGCUGUGCGUCUGAAGGGGGGGGGGGCGGCAUCGGGGGCCCGCCCUCGCCGGGAGGAGUCAUGCCAGACGAGCUGAUCAAAGCGCUGGAGGUGGUGCGGGAGGUGGAGUAUGCGAUGAAGGCGCCGCCUGCAGUGCUGGUGGUGGGCAAGCUUGGGGAGCCCCCCUCGACGGAGGAAGAGAUGGACGGCCCGGAAGAGCACAAUGAAGAAGACACCGAGGCAGAUGACUCCCCACGUGGCUGGCCCGGCCCGCGCUCCUGCCUGCCGGCGCCCCGGCCCCUGCGCCGCGGCUUCUCCCUGUGGAGCAUCCUCAAGAACGCCAUCGGCUGGGACCUCACACGCAUCACCAUGCCCUCCACCAUCAACGAGCCCCUCUCCGCCCUGCAGCGCCUCGCGGAGGAGCUGGAGUACAGCGCCAUCCUGGACCGCGCCGCGGCAUGCGCCACCGGCGUGGACCGCCUUCUGCACGUCUCCGCCUUCGUCCUGUCCAGCUACAGCUCGAUGCUGCUGCGCGACAGCAAGCCCUUCAACCCCCUGCUGGGAGAGACGUUCGAGUACAGCCGCGGGGGGGUGCGGUUCCUGGCCGAGCAGGUCAGCCACCACCCCCCCGUGUCGUGUUUCUGGGCGCGAGGGGGUGACCCCAACGGGGGCAGUGAGGAGGGAUUUGAGCUCCAUGGCGAGCUGGAGCUCCGCAGCAAAUUUUGGGGCAAGAGCGUGGCGGUGAUGUCCGCUGGGCGGCUGCAGCUGAGGCUGUGCGGCAGCGGGGACGAAUUCGUGUGGGACAAGGCCGCCGUGUCGAUCAACAACAUCAUCCUGGGCAAGCUGUGGCUGGACGUGCACGGCGACGUGUGCGUGGAGAACCGCGCGACGGGCGAGUCGGCCAGAUUGCACCUGCCGCGGUGUCGCGGAUCCCUGGCCGAGCGCGGCAGGGUGCAGGGCUUCGUGCACGACGCGCGCGGGGAGAAGGUGUACCGUAUCUACGGAAGCUUCAUGGGGUCGGUGAUGGCCGAGCGGGUGGGGGCCGGGGAUGGGGACAUCCGCGAGGCCAUCGAGCUGUUCAGGAGGGCGGCCCCGCCAGAUGAGGGCGGGGCGCAGUACUACAUGACCGGCCUGGCGAUCACGCUCAACGAUCCGAGGGAGAUGGCGCCCGGCGAGGUGCCGCGCACGGACUCCCGGCUGCGGCCGGACGUGCGGGCGCUGGAGAACGGGGACCCCGACCUGGCGACAUCGGAGAAGCUGCGGCUGGAGGAGAAGCAGAGAGCGGCGCGCAAGGCGAGGAAGGAGGCGGGGAUCGGACACGUGCCCGCGUGGUUCCGGAGGCGGGAGGGGAGCGGCGCGGAGCUGGUACGCGGCGUGGGGCACAGUGGGCCGCCGGUGUGGGAGUUCAACGGGGGAUACUGGGAGCGCAAGCAGGACAGGGAGUGGCCGGAGUGUCCGGAUAUAUACUGA